AUGUCAUUUCUUACUUUACAUAUUGUUCGCCAAUCAAAAUCUGAUCAUGAGGCUAUCUUAAUGGAUACGAAUAGGAGUAAGCCAAAAGAGAAGAAUAUUGAUCAUACGGCUUGGUUUAGAUAUGACAUUUGUUGGGCGAAGGAGCAAAAGGCUAGAGAUAUCAUCACUAGUAUUUGGUCCAAUGAAGAGUGCAAUUUGAUAGAGAAUAUGGAGCUGAUUCGAGACAAGCUGGGCCUGUGGCAAUACCAGUGUUAUAGAAGGAUGAAGAAUAAUAUUAAAGGGCUGGAAAAAGAGAUCAGCAAGCUUAUGGAUGGUCCUACGAAUGAGAGGUCUAUGAGCCUUCUUAAGAGUGCUCGGGAAGGUGAUAGGAACACCUGCUAUUUCCAUAUUCAGGCUUCGAUCCAUAGAAAAAAGAAUAGCAUUGAGAGACUUAAAGAUGCACAUGGCGACUGGCAUGAAGACAAAAAGGAGAUUUGCCUCAUUGCUUGGAAUUAUUUUAAUGAUCUAUUCAAGACCUCUAUUAAUUUGGAUGUUGAGAGUGAUUUACAUUAUGCUCUUGAAUGCAUUAAUGAGGAUAUGAACAGGAGGUUGAACAGAGAGUUUACUGAUGAGGAAAUCUUAAUGGCUUUUAAACAGAUGGAUCUGUGUAAGGCCCCGGGGAUUGAUGGGCUUUCGGGGAGCAUUUUCAAGGAACAUUGGCCUAUAGUGGGUGAAGAUGUUCUAAGCUUGUGUCAUGAUAUCCUCAAGGGCAAUAAGAGUGCUGAGUGUAUUAAUGAAACACCCCUAAGAUUAAGAACCCCUGUGAAAUGGCUAACUUUCAUCCAAUCAGUCUUUGCAGGGUGA